CAGAGGUUCAAUCAACCGCAUAACAUGAACUCCAACUCCGAAUAUCGGCUUCUAUUUUCUUCUUCCAACUUCUCUCUCACAUCACUGUCUUCUUCUCACCCUCUGUUUCCUUCACACCAAAACAAAAUACACUUAUUAGUUUUAAUUAUAGCACUAAUUAUCUACCUCAGUUUACCAAUCUUUCUCUUCAUCUUCAUUCCUCAAUUCCUUUAUUCUUCAUUCUCUCUCAUCAGAUGCUUAAACCUAAAUUCCCAAUUUACCUCUCCGAUUCCCCCCUUUUACCAGCGUCUCAUCGCCGCCGUCGUCGCCGCCGUCACUAUAACCAACUCCUCACGUCACUUCACGUCGCUCAUUCGUUAGUAUCGACGGAUUUAUGUGUGAGGCCGAGAUUCUUAGAUUUUUUAUACGGUUGCUUCUCCUAGGGGUGGAGUAAUCUCGGUAAAUGUUGGAGAUUCCGGUGUUUCUAUCGCUGGCGCUGUUGAUUUUCACGGUGGUUUUGCGUUGGACGUUGAAGAAUGAGGAGACGAAGGAGGUUAUGGUUUCUCGGGAAGCUGCUAUGGCGGAUUUCGAUGCUUUCCAGGGAGAUUUUAGUAAUUCUACAGUGGCAAUGAAAGCGCAUGAGUGUGCUCUUUGUUCUUCUCUCACCUCCACAAGGUGCUCCCGCUGCAAGGCUGUUCGUUACUGUUCUAGUAAGUGCCAAAUAAGUCAUUGGAGACAAAGUCACAAGUAUGAAUGCCGUCCUCAAGGCCCCAGUGCAUCUGAGAGAGAUAACUUUAAUGGAAAUGCAGAAAUGAUGGAGCAACAUGACACACUUUCUGCUGAAGAUUUUCCAAGGAUGGACGAGAAGAACACAAUUUGUCAGCUAAAUCAUGACGUUUUGGAUUCUCCCGUACCCCGUCUUUCUACUGUGACCAUUGAGUGUUCGGACAUUGACACUCGAUGGAGUUCAUCUGGUGAAAAUGGGACACCUUACUCAGACAUUAAUGCACCCAGUAUGGAUCAAAGGAAAGAUAAGAAUAACACAUUGGAUACAAACACUUCAAUGGGGUUGGCAUCCAAUGUUGUGAUGAAUUCUGCAAAAAAAUUGAACAGAGAAAAAUCCAGGCAAAAUGACAGCAGGAAAUCCAGGCUUUCCAUUUCAGGCCUGUCAUCAGAACUCAGGAAAGACAACUCUUUUCAUAGAGCUGUCUCAGAUAAUAUACAUUCUUCCAAGUCUAAAGAGCUACCCUUCGUGGAUAACGAGGGGCUGAAGCAUUCACAAUCAAUCAAACAUGGGAAAGUCAAAUCCAUGGCCAGUAAGCAUUCUGGAAAUAGUUUAUUGCUGUCAAGCGGUAGUAGUUCAAGCCAGUUGCCACACAAUGCUUUUAAAUCGUCUCUCAAGAAAGUUGUGCAUCAAUUUAAUACCCCUCGCCAGAAGAAGUCCUCUCUUCAUAAUAGUUUGCUUGGAAUAUCAGGGAACCCCAAUUACAAGACAGUGAUUCAGUAUGAUGCAUUCUUGAGUUUGUAUACAUCAAAUGACAUUGAGUUGAAACCAUUUGGGCUUACAAACUGUGGAAACAGCUGUUAUGCAAAUGCUGUGCUCCAAUGCCUAGCUUACACUCGACCUUUGACGAUGUAUCUCCUUCAAGGGAUUCAUUCAAAAGAAUGUUGGAAGGAUGAAUGGUGUUUUAUAUGUGAAUUUGAAAAUCUUAUGCUGAAGGGAAGGGAAGGUUACACUCCGUUAUCCCCUAUCCGAAUCUCCUCUAACAUUAGUCAUCUUGGUCACGGAAGAGAAGAAGAUGCCCAUGAAUUUUUGAGGUAUGCUGUUGAUACUAUGCAAUCAGUUUGUGUUGAGCUGGCUGGAUUUGUAGAUCCAGUACGAGAGGAAAGUACUCUUGUGGGCAUGACAUUUGGGGGCUAUCUUCACUCUAAGAUAAAAUGCAUGAAAUGCCAUAAUAUAUCAGGGAAACAUGAAAGGAUGAUGGAUCUCACUGUAGAGAUAGACGGGGAUAUCAGAACUCUUCAACAGGCACUUAGAAAAUUUACAGCUUCUGAAACUUUAGAAGGGAAUAACAAAUACUACUGUAGCAGUAGAUGUAAAUCUUAUGAGAAAGCCAAGAAGAAACUCACUAUCUUUCAAGCACCAAAUAUCCUCACAAUUGUGUUGAAGCGAUUUCAGGCUGGCAAUUUCACAAAAUUGAAAAAACGUGUUCAGUUUCCAGAAAUUCUGAACAUCACUCCUUAUAUGAGUGACUCGAGUGAUAAAUAUCCUCAAUAUAGUCUGUAUGCUGUAGUAGUUCAUUUGGAUGUCUCAAGUGCUGAUUCUUCCGGCCAUUACGUCUGCUAUGUGAAGAAUUAUCACGAAGAGUGGUUCAAGAUUGAUGACAGUGUGGUUAUUAGCGUGGAUCUGGAGAGGGUCUUAUCAGAAAAGGCGUAUAUGGUACUAUAUGCAAGGGAUACUCCAAGGCCCCCAGCAUCAGGAAUGAGUUUCCAUGAUGAAAAACCUGCUGAUUACAGCGGAAGUUAUGUAAUGUCGAAGGUCAGACAUAGUGGUUCAGAUGUUAGUGUUGAUCCUUGGGUGAUUCAGCAUCAGUCAAGUAAAAGCGGUUAUGUGAAGGACCCUUCAUAUGUAGAAGAAUGGAUUACUCACUCUGUUGAAAGCAUUCCGAGGGAGGACUCAUCAAGUGAGGUUUCCUCCUUGUUCAGCUACUCAGAAGAAGGCACGUGUAGUACAGCAAGCACCAAAGAUUCUGCAGCAGUGGAUGGUUUAUCUGACUUGUUAUUUGGGAGAGGCGGUGGUGUUGGUUAAUAAAGCCUAAAUGGUUGUCCAAAAUAACUUGUUUGGACUUGGAAAGAAAGAUGGCGUAGAAGAGUAUUUUCCGCUGCAAUAGGUGUUCCUGUAACAACAGGGAAUGUAAAUGAUAGAUUGAUAGGACUAACCGAGUAGCUGAGCAGUUGGCUAAUUUAUCUAGUGUGAGUUCCACACAUGCGCUCUGUUACGUGUGGGCACUGGGCAGGGCCAUAUAUAAGCUCAAUUGUUUUUAUUCAGUUUUGAGCUUGAGUCUUCUUUUUUGUUAUUACAUUUUGGUUGGGAGGUGAGUGGGGUCCCUUGUGGACUGUGUAUAUAGCAAGUAAUAAAAUCUUAAUGGCUUCUUUUGGUAGGCGGUAAUAAUACAAACUCGGAAAUUACUGGCUAUUGAUUAUUGGGAGGGAGAUGGUGCAGUGGAAGAGAUGGUGGUUGUAGUGGUAGACAUAGCCGGUAAAGAAAGUAAUGAUGACGUGGGUGCAGAAGACAUGGAUGACAAUGUGGCCUUUGGAAUAGGAGUAGGCAUAUAUGUGGGCGUUGGCAGAGUUGAUGCAGCAGGCAUUGCUGACAGAGGACUAAUAACUGGCAGUGGCAGCAAUGUUGAAGGUUGUAAAGUUAGUGCAGGUGGCGUUGAUGCCCUUGAUGGUAGAGGACUGACAGUUGGCAGUGGCAGCGAAGUUGCAGGUUGUGGCACAUUGGCAGCUACUGGGAAGGGAAUGCUUGCCUUUGGUAGUGGUGGAAACCUUGUUUGUGGCACAGUUGGGACUGCCGGCGUUGGUAAAAUGCUUGGUUUUGGAAAUCAUUGGGAGGGAGUGUUUGUAAAAGAUACUGGGCAGUAUUUUUGUUGCUCAAUUUGUUUGACAUUUUUGUAUUUAUGAACAAAACUUCAAAGAUAAUCAGUUAUUUCAAAUUUAGUAGCCAAAAAACA